ACUGCUAAAAUAGCUUGAUGCUGUAUCUGAUCAGAAGCUAGGGAUUGCAUGAUGACAAGUAGGUUAAAUUGUUGGUCAACCAAAAGCCUACACAUUUCAAUUGAGUUCUACUCCACUUUUUACCUUAAAAACGCAAAAGAUAGAAAAUGUGAACUUAAUACCUGACAAUAAUACGUAAAAUAAAUGCACAACACUGUUCUACCAUAGGCUAUGGGCUAAAACAGCUUGUAGCAUGUUCAGCAAGAAAUUCGGUAAUACUCUGAUCGUCCACUAGGCUGUAGCAGAAUUGUGCACUGGGGCUUGUAGUUUUUGAUAGUCAUUACUCUCAAAAUAACUUAUAUUGAAUGAUAAUGCAUAGGUUGGGUUUAUUACAUUUUAUUGAUUUAGACUUUGUAAAUAAUAACUUCUUCUUGCAAUGGUAGUUGCCACAAAUUAUAUUGGCCUAUAUAGUAAAGUUAUUCAGUUGUAGGCUUAUAGAUCUACUUUUCUUUUUACAAUAGGCUAAUACAUGUAAAGGUAAAAUAUUUAAAAAAAAACAUGCAUCCUAUGAGAAAUAAUUUUGGAAGCACAGUUGUUAUUGUGGAGUGUAAUGCAAUCUCGGUAAUUAUCUACAAGAAGGCAUGUGGCCCCUGCGGAGCUUUCCAUGGGUGAACAAGAUGAGGCACAUCUGGAAAGAACUUCCUGAAUAUUUUUGGGGGGUUGUAAAAUUGAGUGGGUGAAGGAGCUUCUCUUUGUAGCAUUUAUUCAAGACCAUGCGCAGAGACCGGUGGAUACUUAACCGGUGAGAAUAAUUGUGGCACUUUUUCCCGAUGUGGCUGGAAGAAACAUGAACAAUGGCUCUUUUGAGGAAAAUAAACCAUAUCCUGCUCGUGAUGCUGGUUCUCAUAGUGUGUCUACUCCUGCACAGUAAGCUGUUCAGUGGCCCGUCUCGGCCCAAACUCAAACACACAGAAACCAGGAAGGACCCAGAGCGUGCGCCCAAAGUUCCUGUAGAGAAGGCAGCGGAGGGAGAGGAUGACAUCCCAGUAGUCAUCUGUGCUGCGGAGGAACGAAUGGGCGGUGCCAUGGCAACCAUCAACAGCAUCUAUAGCAACACAGAUGCCAGCGUGUUUUUCUAUAUUGUCACUCUUCGUGAUGCCAUCAAGCUGACAAGACAGUACAUAGAGAAGACCAAGUUGAAGGGAAUCAAGUAUAAGAUUCUAGAGUUCAACCCCAUGGUUCUGAAAGGGAAGGUGAAACCAGACUCCUCCCGACCAGACCUGCUGCAUCCACUGAACUUUGUACGCUUUUACUUGCCGCUCCUUGAUAUCAGCCACAAGAGGGUGAUCUACUUAGACGACGAUGUCAUUGUGCAAGGUGACAUCAAGGACCUGUACCAUACCAAGUUGGAGAAAGGCCAUGCUGCUGCCUUCGCCACAGACUGUGACCUGCCCUCCACCCACGAGAUGGUGCGCAGCGUGGGCAUGCAGACAACGUACAUGGGCUUCCUGGACUACAGGAAACAGGAAGUGAGAGACCUGGGGAUCAACCCCAGCGACUGCUCCUUCAACCCUGGGGUGUUUGUGGCCGACAUUGGAGAGUGGAAGAAACAGAAGAUCACCAAACAGCUGGAGAACUGGAUGCAGGAGAACUUAAAGAAAAACAUAUACAGCAGUGCCAUGGCAGGGGGUGUGGCGACUCCUCCUAUGCUGAUCGUGUUCCAUGACAAAUACACAAUCAUCGAUCCUCUGUGGCACGUCCGACACCUGGGCUGGAGCCCAGACGCCCGCUACUCUGAGACCUUCCUCCAGGGUGCACACCUGCUGCACUGGAACGGCCGCUUCAAGCCCUGGGACUACCCCUGUGUCCACCUGGACCUGUGGGAGAAGUGGUUCAUCCCAGAUCCCACCGGGAAAUUCUCGUUGGUACGGCCCGAGGGCAAAAUCUGAGGGAUGUUUAACAAAUGUUUGUGUAGGGGGAUGUCUGGCAUUUCAGACUGUGAAUGGAGGCUGUGAACAGUAAAUAUUGUGAAGUCCUAUUGCUGUUAACAUCUUUUGAGAUGGUAUUUCUUUGAAGGUGCCUAUCAAAACGUGUACAGAAUGUACAGAAACAAGCUGUAUCAAAAAUGUAUGUGGUUGUUGUGAGAUGAGUGAGCAUAAUUGUAUUGAUUGUUUUGAAACUUAACAAUGUGAUCUCUUUAAAGCUUUUUCCUGAAUAAAAAGCUGGAGAUUUGACUGUGGAAAGUCUGAA